GUGGACCAAUAAAAAAGAGGUAAGGGUUUUCAACUUGAUCUACCACCUCACCACACCCUUAAAGCUUGCGCUCUUCUUUCCCAUUCAAAAACCGCCGAAUCCAAAAAAAAUAACAAACACAAAAAAAAAACCUAAUUAACCAUAGCUUCCCCUAACCGAUCGCGGGAGGUCCCUCGACCUCCGCCGAUGUCCGACUCUAAUGGUCCGCCGUCUCCACCACCUGCCUUUCUCUUCAAUCGUCCACCGUUGCUUAGAAAGGAACUCGGCAAUCCUCUCCUUAAGCAACGAUCGUGGUCACCGGAUCUUUAUCGCGACGAAGCGUGGCUUCGUCGUAAAGGACACUGGAGGAAUCGUAGUAGAAGCAAAAGUGUAACCGACGAAGAUGUUGAUGAACUUAAAGCUUGUAUCGAAUUAGGAUUCGGAUUUGAAUCUUCACCUGAAGUUGAAAGUAAUCGUCGUCUUGUUGAUACUUUACCUGCUCUUGAACUUUAUCACGCUGUUAACAGAAGUUAUCACGAUUCUAUUAAUGCUAAAUCUGCCACCGUAACUACUCCGUCUUCCUCCGCUGCUUCUGAUCGUGACGGCACUCCUUCUCCUAUCGAUAGUCCUCGCAUCGCCAUAUUAGGCAACGAUGAUGAUCCGGAAACGGUGAAGGCAAGGUUGAAACAAUGGGCACAGGUUGUUGGAUGUGCGGUUCGUCAAACUACAAGCUAAAUGAUUGAUGAUGAUGGUGAUGAUAAUGAUGAUGACGAUGAAUGGGUGAUUAUUGAAUGAUUAAUUGGAGAAAAAACCAAACUAUGGUUAUUAAGUUAACCACACAAGUUAAAACCUUAUGUUUAUAAAUGAUGACAAAAUUCACUACCAAACCGAACCGGCCAAAGGCCAUUAGUUUAACCAAACGCAAAUUAUUUUGGUACCAAUAGUAGUUGGUGUUAUUAUUGGAUAUUAUUUUGAUUUUGUCGGUAGCUUUUGUUUUUUUAGUUUUGUACUGUUCUUGUCUAAAUUGUGACUGUGGUAGAUUUUUAUAUUUUAUAGUAUUAUUUUAG